AUGCAACAUUCUCAACCCUCCACACAGGACAAAGAUAAACCACAUCAAACUCCCCCUGGACUGAGCAAAUCCAAAGUAUAGCACAAUGAUGAUGUCGAUAAAAUCAUCGCAGACUUAAAAAGAGUAAUUCUAAUUGCCAAUAUGUAGAAAUUAGAAUUCGAGUAGGAGAGAAAUCUCCUCCUUGAGAAAGACAACACUUAGUUGAAAGAUCUGAUAAACCGUCUACUUUCUUAACCUGUAGUGUAGACCCAAUCUACUCACACAUAAACUGAAUUCUAUAAAAAAGAAUUAGAACAAUUAAACACUAAAGAGGAUUCCCAACUCAAUAUUGGCUCAAUUCUUAACACCGACUAUGAUCCCAUUACCAGUCAGGACUCCCCGACUAAGUUAGAUAACACAUAACCCAAAAAACCCGAUCUUAGAAUUGAAGUCAGUCCUGAUCAUCAACAACUACACGGUGCACCCAAUAGCAAUGUCAAAAAAUCAUCCACUUAUCUCUAGGGCUUAACGAAUAUCUAGAUAAAAGAUGCAAUCACAGAUGGAAUUCCAUAAAAAACAAAUAGAAUUGGCCAAAAAAUUGGAGAAGGGGACAAUUCGUUAAGAAAAUCUAUGCAACUCAAUUUUUUGAGUAAUAAAUCAUCCAUCACCGACACCGACCAUGUAGAAGGAUAAGAUCUAAAAAUAAACUCAGUUGGAAAUUAAUCCUGCAUUGAAUCUAUUGAAGAUAUUUAAGAUGUGUAAUAACCUGCUUUGAAAUUGUAUGAACAAUUUUAUAUCUUGGGUUGCGAAAAGAAGGAAUUCGGAGAAUUUGAAUAAGACCCUAAUAUUAAAGAGGGGAUUCUACCUACAAGUAUCUUGUAUAAAAGCGAUUAGUUAAAUAUCUCUAUAUAAGAAGAGAUUAUCAAAGGUUUUGUUUAUCCUUUUGGAAAUCAAAUUAAAAGAAUAGAGACCAAUGAUUCAGUUGAAAGAUUAAAACAAAUCAUUUACUCCUGUAAUAAGUACGAAUUAUUGGACAAAUUUUCAGUGUUUGCCAUUAAAAAUCAUGAUACCACCUAAGAUUUCGUUGAGUAUACUAAUCAGAAUUUAAUGUAUCAGGCUAACCCUGAAAAGCUGCUCUAUGGAAUUUACCUAACUGUCGAUGAUUACGUUGAAACCACUCCUGAUCACAUUGUAUCGAAUUUUGAAAACAGAGAGAAAAGAAUUUUCUGGAAAUACAAGAAAACGUAUUGCUUUUUGACUUACUUCCCAUUUUAUGAAUUAUUCCAAGAUCUACUCAUUUCAAUUAUUUAUUAUUUAGAAUUAAUUAAAUUCAAUAGAUCAAAUAGAUGGAUGAUGAAUAUUUAAGAAGAAAAUGAAAUUCCGAAAGAAAUUGAUGGCUAAUAAAUCAUACUUGAAUUUCGAGAUGAAUUGACUAAAUUCUUGGAUAAAAUCUAAGCCAUCACACCUAUGUAGGGACAUCAAAUGUUAGAAAUCCCAACCUUGGCUAGUUUGCUCAAGUAUAAAAUUCCAAAUCAAUUAAAUUUGGAUAUUGAUUUGCGAUUGUGGAGUGCAAAUGUAACCCUGUAAGUUUUAAAUUACAAUGAAAUCUUAACCAUAUUCUUAGCGAUGAUGUCUGAAGUCUCAAUUAUAUUUGUGUGUUAAAAUAGUAGCAUCUUAACAUCUAUCGUCCAUUUUUUCCAUCACCUAAUUCGCCCAUUAGAAUGGACACAAGCAAUCAUUUAUAAUGUACCUGAACAACUAUUAGAAAUGAUUCAAUCACCAGUUCCAAUAAUUAUUGGGGUCAAUCUCCCAGAAAUUGAUUUCUAAUCAUUGGAACUUACUAAUUACUGCAUUAAUCACUUGUUCGUAUUUUUGGAUGGAGAUCAAGAAAAUAAGUUUCUACGUAAGGCUAGCAACAUUUUGGAAGGAACAGCUAUACCUUCUUUUCGCGGGCUCUUGCAAUAAAUAUAGGGAACCCUUGAAAAUUAUAAUCAGAUGCGUAAUCAAAGCCCAAGUAAAAGACAGUUCAAUAAAUUUGACGAUAAGAAGGUCAUUAAGUUUUACUUUGAUGAAAUUGAUCAAAGAACAAGUUAAGAGGUUCUCUAGGGUUUCAAAAAGAUUAUUAAUGAUUAUAUCAUUUCCAGAUUACCAGCUUAUAAUGUAGAUGGUGUAAUAGCUGAAAAUGGUUUGGAAUUUGAGUAUAUUGAAUUUUUGUUAAGUUACAACAAUGAUGAAUAAGAUAGAAAGUUCAUCUAAAACCUGAUGAAAACUCAGUAUUUCAAUUAUUUUAUGUAACAACAUUAUGAAGCUUAAAUGUGA